AUGGUGUUUCAAUACAUCGAUAUUGCGGCGACACCAGUUAGUCUCGUAGUUCAUUCAUUUCUUGGUUUAGUAUGUCUGACGAUUCUGUUCGGUUUCUAUGGUACUCUAUUGACUACAUGUCGAUUUCUUCGUUAUGGUCGAAAACGAUUUUUUAAGAAAUUUGAUCGACCUAAACCACCAGCGAAAGCAUUAGAUCGACUUUCUGGAAAGCAUGAAAUGAUUAAGUUAAAAUCAUCUGGUGUAACACUUCAUUAUGUAUCAAAAGGUGUACCAAAUCAACAUAUGAUUUUAUUUCUUCAUGGCUUUCCUGAAUGUUGGUAUUCAUGGCGAAAUCAAAUGAAAUAUUUUUCAAAAGAUUAUCGAGUUGUUGCUGUUGAUCAACGUGGUUAUGGUCUUAGUUCCAAACCAGCUUUUAUUGUUGAUUAUAAAAUGGAAACAUUAGCUGGUGAUAUUGCUGAUCUCAUUGAACAACUUGGUUAUGAAUCAUGCAUUUUAGUCGGUCAUGACAUAGGUGGUUUUGUUGCAUGGACAACUGCAAUGCUUUAUCCGCAUUUGGUCGAAAAAUUAAUUGUCAUGAAUUGUCCACAUCCACUUGCUUUUCGUCAAGAAUUAUCAUUUAGCCAAAUGCAACGAUCAUGGUUUAUGUUCUUCGCUCAAACUAUGAUUGUUCCUGAGCUAUAUUUUGAAGCUGAUGAUUUUGCAUUUAUUAAAAGUGCUUUUCGUAAGAAAUCAACUGGAUUAGUCAAUCAAGAUUAUGUUACAGAUGAUGAUAUUGAAGUAUUUAAAUAUACAUUUUCUCAACCAGAAACAACAAAAUCAGCAAUUAAUUAUUAUCGUGCUUUUCUUCGUUAUCAAAGUGAUUAUUCACGAGCUGAAGUUGUUGCACCAGUUUUAAUGUUAUGGGGUUCUCGAGAUCAUGUAUUCGAUAUGGACCUUGCUGAUGCCAGUCAAAAAUAUUGUUCGGAUGUUCGAUUAAAAAAGAUUCAAAAUGGUUCACAUUGGAUUAAUCAAGAUAUGCCUGAUGUCGUUAAUAAAUAUAUGGAAAUUUUUCUUAACGAACAACCAAUUGUUGAAAUUCCACCUGAAUACUAA